AGACGGACCCUUUUUCCCCAUUUUCAUUUCAAAGCAAAAAAAAAAUAAUUGUUUCUAGUGUCAACGAGCCGUAAAAAUUUUCUGUAAAUAUGUUUGAGUGUUCCAUUCGCUUGGUCAACAUGGUGCUGCAACUCUUCACGGCGGUGGUGGAGAUUGUGGCACUGUUUUUUUUAAUCAAGGUGAUCUAUACACCCUGUGUUCUAGGCGGCGAGUACCUUUUCUCCGUGAUGUUGAGCGUCUUCUUUUUGCCUGUCAUCACCGUUCAGACAGUGGUCUUCGCCUUGUGCCGCUUGUGCUGCUUCACUGUAGGACUCGAUCCAAUUGCGAUGACGUUUAAUCUGGCCAGCGGCAUCGUGUGCAUUUGCACCUCCCUGACCAUACUCGUGGCCAUGUUUGAUCACUGUGGCAACGAGUACCAGUACAUGUUCUAUGUGUCCGGAGGACUUGGCCUUCUGGCUGGAAUUCUACAUUUGGUGAAUGCCUGCAUCUGCAACAUCUACAUGCCCCCAGAGGAAUGGUCCUACUCGAAACCCUCGAAACGAGCCAGAAAUAGGCUUGAAGAAGGAAGGUUGAGGUCGCUAUUGUAAUGAGAAUAUGAAGCCAACGAAAUAAGUGGAAAAAUUGUGAAAAACUCUUUACAAUCAGUUUGAGUUUGGCAUACAAAUUGCAUGU